ACAUCCACCUGCGCGGACGGAGGUGCUCGACCCCAACCUCUUCGAGCAUCCGGUGUAGUGACAUGAACGGUGUUUCAUACGGUUCCAUAAAUAUUCUUCUCUGAUCGCGACAAUUUUCGAUAAAAUAAAGCUCGAAAUAGUCGAAUAAAUCAUUUCAAAACAAUCGUAACCUUGUCGAUGAACGAGGAAACAAAUAACACGAAAAAUAUCACUUGAAAUCGUGUGACAAGCGUCUAACCGAUAAAUAUUUCAAGUUCAAUAACUCACAGACUGAUUAUUAUUAAAAAUGGUGUCUUCGAUUCGAACAACGUUGUCGAGAUGUCUCGGUGUCUGCCUUGUUCUCACGACGCUCAGCUUCGUCACCGAAGCUGCGAAAAAAUGCGAGGGCAGUGGUCUCGGACUCAAAUACGUCUGGGGCGAUGCCCUCACGGAUUCAAUGGACUGUAUAGGCCCCAACGAUUCGCAAUAUCCCUCAGCCGCGAUAUCUCGAAGCUUCAAGAGCGUGUGGGGAGGCAACAGUCGCACGGGAAGAACGUUGCAGCCACGUACGAUCGACCCGAAAAUCACGAGAGAAGCGCUACUUCAAAACUAUAAAACAAUCAAAGGGGAUUAUUCGAUGGCGAGUAACUCGAGAGCAGCCCGAAGUUUUUCCGCAAAAGAAAGCUGCGGUUCGCCAGCGAGACUUUGCAAAACAAGAUACAACACGACCGCGCCCAUGUACGGGGUCAGCCUCACCAGUGGACAACCGGUGACGAUUGUACAGAAAUUUCCCGAUCUCUUGCAACAAGUUGUCUUCGAGAUUUGCGAAUCGAAGGAAUGCGACCUAGUGCAUGGCGAGUGUACACAAACGUACGUACCGUAUUUGUUUCUGGUAUUACCAUUGGGUCCGGUGACGUUGACGGGUCAGGAUUACAUUCUGGUGGAGAAUGGUUGUGUCUGCAAGCCAAAGAAUUCAGCGAGUUCUCUUUCCACUCAACAUCCGCCUGCAGUGCCGAAUUUUUAACGCGAAUGAACUCGAUGGAGAAUAUUGAAGGACAACGAGAUCGCUCGCUUGAGAAGGCGUACGAAGAAUAAAAGGGGUGGGAUCGAAAGGUCGAAAGGAAAUGUACAGGCGAGAGAGAUUCUCGGAGUGAUAUUGAAAAGUGCGUCGGUUCUUCGAAAACACUCCGAGGAGGUCACGAUCUUACGAACUCUCGAAAAAAUAUAUAACAAAAAAGGAUGAAAUAAAAUGUGCGCGUCGUCAUCGUCGUUUAUUUCCUUUUUCUAAAAAUAACUAUUGUAGUAAAAUAAAGAGUGAAUCUGUGUGGUAAAAUGCAUCGAUGGUUUGCGAGAGACUGUCAAAUGUGAAUAUUCAAAAAGUUUUAAAUAAUGGACACGCUACACGAGGAAGGAAAAAGUAAUGUAAAAAUGUUAGAAUUGCGAUUUUUCGAUUCGCUUCGUCGUGACAACAAAACAGAAAUGCUCAGAAUCGAGUGUCGAGCUUCGUUCGAUCGAACAUGUGUCGAGGUAACCUACGAUGCCGUUUUUUCUUAACCUAUUAAAAAUCGACGAAACUUCGAAAGAAAAUGUUAUUGUUCGUGUUCUUGUUCUUUUUCAAUUAUCAAUAUAUACAUAAACGUAUUUAUUUGUGAAA